CUGACCAGCGGCCAGUUCACCUUGUAAGCUCCGAGCUUCUUCCCGCUCGGAUCGAAGAUGAGUCUUCUGAGAGCCGCACUGAGGUCGAACUCUACUUUUCCCACUCUCCGAGAAUGCCAUGGCUUCCCACCUCUCCUUCGAGCCACGUCCAGGAUUUUCUUUUCAUCCGAAGCAGAACAGCCGCCUCAGGAUCCACAAGCCGAAUCGUUUCUGCGAACUCCUCGCGAAGGUUUGGCAUAUGGUAGGCUGUUGGGCGUUCGUAAUUACACGCUGAAAACAGAUAUAAUCCACUUUCUUAAAGGUUGUAAUUUGACCACGGAGGAUGUCAAAGUGGACUACGGCCGUUACUUUACGCCCCUUGCAAUGAUGUUGCAAUUCCAUUCUUACAAUGACUAUGAUCGGGCUGUAAGACAUAUUGCAAGGAAUGGUCGCUUGUACAGAUUGGAUAGAACUGAUCGUGCCCAAUGGGAUGUUGUUACUCCUUAUGAUGGAAAAACUAUUUUGAUGCGAGGAUUUCCUCGAAAUGCACUAAUAGAUGAAAUAGAACGUUUUCUGCAUGGUUAUGAAUAUGAUCAGACCUCCAUCAAUAUUUUUCUAAGACAGGGAGAAACUUUUGGAAAUCCCGUUAAAAUGGCUACAGUACGUUUCCGUUCAAGGACUGAAGCAAUGAGUGCGUUUAUCACAAAGAAUAAGACGUUUUGCCUUAACAGCCCAAUUUCGAUUAUGGUUCUCCAGUAGCGAGUCUAUGCCACUCCCUCGCGUUACUGUCACAGCUGGAGCGUUGCUUUCAGACAGAGAAGACGACUAAUCUCACAGCCUAGUUUUAUUUGUAUUGCUUUUUGUGGUCUUAGUUUUUGUGUCAGAAAUAGGGGGUGACCUCAGCAAUUUGGCCUGGCCAUCCUAAAUUCUCAUGUUUAUUUUGGCUGCAUUGCUUCUCUGUUCUUUUCUCCCCCCAAGGACGAAGUUUAUUCCAUUUCCCCCCUUUAUCUAUAUAAUUAAUAUGAUUAUUAUAUCAUCUACAA